AUGGCGCUUCAAGGGCUGCUGCGUAAGAACAACUGGCAAGCAGAGAAGUAUCCACAUUCUAUAACGAGAACAGGCAACUCUGGGACAUAUAUCUUGAGCAUUUCUGAGCCCAAACGACACACAGACCACCUCAUGGUGGCUUUCAACCUCAGUGACUAUGACCGUUCAUCAUUCAUCCUAAUAGGCAUCCCUGGCCUGGAAGCUGCUCACAGCUGGAUUUCCAUCCCUUUCUUUACGUUCUACAUUAUUGGCCUGUUGGAAAAUUUCAUGGUUCUGUUUGUUGUAAGCAAAGAGGAGACCCUGCAUGAACCAAUGUACCUGCUGCUCUGCAUGCUGGGGCUCACAGAAAUCAGCGCGUCUACUGCCAUCGUGCCAAAGGCACUGUGUAUAUUUUGGUUCAAUUUGAAAAGCAUUACUCUGGGUGGCUGUCUCACCCAGAUGUGCUUCCUUCAGGUGAUUUCUGUGACACAUUCAGCCAUCCUCAUGACAAUGGCCUUGGAUCGCUAUGUUGCCAUAUGUAACCCUCUGAGAUAUGCCACCAUCCUCACCAAUGCACGAAUAGCUAAGAUAGGGCUAGUGUGUUUGACAAGAGCUGUUCUCUUCAUUCUGCCCCUGCCUCUGCUCCUGAGCAGGCUGCCAUUCUGUGCCAACCGCAUUAUCCCCCACACGUACUGCAACCACAUGGCUGUGGCAAAGAUGUCGUGUGGGGACAUCAGAGUCAACAGGAUAUACGUCUUAUUGUUAGUAUUUAUAGUCCUUGGGUUUGACCUGACACUUAUUGCUGUGUCGUAUUUUCUGAUAAUCAGGGCUGUCCUCAGAAUCCCCUCCAAGGAAGCCCACCAGAAAGCCCUCAACACCUGCACAGCCCACACCUGUGUGAUUCUGAUUUCUUGUACUCUCGCCCUCUUCUCUCAUCUGACACACUGGUUCAAUCAGGGCAUCACUCCCUAUGUACAGAUCAUCUUCGCCAACCUAUAUUACCUCCUCCUUCCUAUGCUCAACCCUAUCGUUUAUGGUAUCAAACCAAAGAGCUUCAUGAUAAAGUGCGCAAAUACAUCUGCAGAAUGUGAUCACCUGGGGCCACUGACUCCAAACCUCUGUGACAUAACGGGGGAAAUGAUUACUCCUCAUUAA